AUGAACAGUUUAAUUGAAAAUGACCAAUCAUUGCUUAGUCUUGCAGCUGAAAAUGGAUAUUAUGAAAUUGUUAAAUAUCUAGUUGAACAAGGUGCAGAUGUAAAUCAUAAAAAUAAAUAUAAAAGCACGGCACUUACGUUUGCUGCGAUAGGUGGAAACUGUAUUCUUGUUGAAUAUCUAAUUGAAAAUGGUGCAGAUAUAAAUCAUAAAAAUAAAGAUGGAAAUACAUCACUUAUUCUAGUUUCUAAAUAUGGCAAUUAUGAUAUUGUUAAAUAUCUAAUUGAAAAUGGUGCAGAUAUAAAUCAUAAAAAUAAAGAUGGAAAUACAUCACUUAUUCUAGCUUUUCAAUGUGAAAAUUAUGAUAUUGUUAAAUAUCUAAUUGAACAAGGUGCAGAUGUAAAUCAUAAAAAUAAAGAUGGAAAUACAUCACUUAUUCUAGCUUCUAAAUAUGGCAAUUAUGAUAUUGUUAAAUAUCUAGUUGAACAAGGUGAAGAUGUAAAUCAGCAAAAUAAAUAUGAAAAUACACUACUUAUUCAAGCUUCUAGAUAUGGAAAUUAUGAUAUUGUUGAAUAUCUAAUUGAAAAUGGUGCAGAUAUAAAUCAUAAAAAUAAAGAUGGAAAUACAUCACUUAUUCUAGUUUCUAAAUAUGGAAAUUAUGAUAUUGUUAAAUAUCUAAUUGAACAAGGUGCAGAUGUAAAUCAUAAAAAUAAAUAUGGAAAUACACCACUUAUUCUAGCUUCUAGAUGUGGAAAUUAUGAUAUUGUUAAAUAUCUAAUUGAACAAGGUGCAGAUGUAAAUCAUAAAAAUAAAGGUGGAAAUACAUCACUUAUUCUAGCUUCUAAAUAUGGCAAUUAUGAUAUUGUUAAAUAUCUAGUUGAACAAGGUACAGAUGUAAAUCAUCAAAAUAAAUAUAAAAGCACGGCACUUACGCUUGCUUGUAAAUAUGGAUAUUAUGAUAUUGUUAAAUAUCUAAUUGAACAAGAUGCAGAUGUAAAUCGGCAAAAUAAAUAUGGAAAUACACCACUUAUUCUAGCUUCUAGAUGUGGGAAUUAUGAUAUUGUUAAAUAUCUAAUUGAACAAGGUACAGAUGUAAAUCAUAAAAAUAAAUGUAAAAGCACGGCACUUACGUUUGCUGCGAUAGGUGGAAACUGUAUUCUUGUUGAAUAUUUAAUUGAAAAUGGUGCAGAAUAA